AUGGAAGUAGAUGAUGGUUACGUGGAGUAUGUUCCAGUAGAGGAGCGUCUAGCGCAGAUGAAGCGAAAGGUGGUGGAAGAACCUGGCAAGGGGAUGAUGGAGCAUUUAUCUGACAAGAAGAAGCUUAUGUCUGUUGGUGAAUUAGCCAGAGGUAUCACUUAUACAGAGCCUCUCUCAACAUGGUGGAAACCCCCUCUGCACGUUAGGAAGAUGUCAACCAAACAGAUGGAUUUGAUUAGGAAGCAAUGGCAUAUUACAGUUAACGGUGAAGAUAUUCCUCCUCCAAUCAAAAACUUCAUGGAUAUGAAAUUUCCGAGUCCACUUCUCCGUAUGCUCAAGGAUAAAGGAAUAAUGCACCCUACUCCUAUCCAAGUUCAGGGUCUUCCUGUUGUUUUGUCUGGCAGAGAUAUGAUUGGGAUUGCGUUCACUGGUUCCGGAAAGACGUUGGUUUUCGUGCUUCCUAUGAUCAUAUUAGCUCUGCAGGAGGAGAUAAUGAUGCCUAUAGCUGCUGGAGAAGGUCCCAUUGCGCUUGUUAUUUGUCCGUCUAGAGAGCUUGCUAAGCAGACUUACGAUGUGGUUGAACAGUUUGUGGCAUCUUUAGUCGAGGAUGGAUACCCGCGGUUGAGGUCGUUGCUAUGCAUUGGAGGAGUGGAUAUGAGAUCACAGUUGGACGUUGUUAAGAAAGGUGUUCACAUCGUUGUUGCUACUCCUGGAAGGUUGAAGGAUAUCCUCGCCAAGAAAAAGAUGAGCUUAGAUGCUUGCAGGUUGUUGACACUGGAUGAAGCAGAUAGGUUGGUUGAUUUGGGUUUCGAAGAUGACAUAAGACAUGUCUUUGACCACUUUAAGUCUCAGCGUCAAACACUUUUGUUUUCUGCCACAAUGCCUGCAAAAAUCCAAAUCUUUGCCACAAGUGCUCUGGUGAAACCUGUAACUGUUAAUGUAGGAAGAGCUGGAGCUGCGAAUCUCGAUGUCAUACAGGAGGUUGAAUACGUCAAGCAAGAAGCAAAGAUUGUUUACCUUCUGGAGUGUCUGCAGAAAACCACUCCACCGGUUUUAAUAUUCUGUGAGAACAAAGCUGAUGUUGAUGAUAUUCACGAGUACUUGUUACUGAAAGGAGUGGAAGCAGUGGCUAUCCAUGGAGGAAAAGAUCAAGAAGACAGAGAUUACGCAAUAUCUUUGUUCAAAGCUGGGAAAAAAGACGUUUUGGUCGCGACCGAUGUUGCUUCAAAGGGUUUAGAUUUCCCUGAUAUACAACAUGUAAUCAACUACGACAUGCCUGGGGAGAUUGAGAACUACGUGCAUAGGAUAGGAAGAACAGGUCGCUGUGGGAAAACUGGGAUAGCAACUACGUUUAUAAACAAGAACCAAAGCGAAAUCACGCUGCUCGAUUUGAAACACUUGUUGCAAGAAGCUAAACAGAGGAUUCCACCUGUCCUUGCUGAGCUUAAUGGUCCAAUGGAAGAAACAGAAACCAUUGCUAAUGCAAGCGGUGUCAAGGGUUGUGCUUAUUGUGGUGGUCUCGGGCAUCGGAUUCUACAGUGUCCAAAAUUUGAACAUCAGAAGAGUGUAGCUAUAUCUAGUUCUAGGAAAGACCAUUUUGGCUCUGAUGGAUACAGAGGAGAGGUGUAA